UGCCUUGCGCUUCCCCUCUGCGCUGACCGGGUUCCGGUGACGGUGAGCGCGGCGGGCCGAGGAAGUCGCUUGUGGGCGCCGAGAUGGCGGACGUGCUGGACCUCCAUGAGGCGGGCGGCGAGGAUUUCGCGAUGGACGAGGAUGGCGACGAAAGCAUCCACAAGCUGAAAGAGAAAGCAAAGAAGAGGAAAGGAAGAGGGUUUGGGUCAGAGGAGGGGUCCAGGGCCCGCGUUCGGGAGGACUAUGACAGUGUGGAACAAGACGGGGAUGAGCCAGGUCCUCAGAGAUCGGUCGAGGGCUGGAUUCUCUUUGUCACGGGGGUCCACGAGGAGGCCACGGAAGAGGACAUUCACGACAAGUUUGCGGAGUUCGGCGAAAUCAAGAACCUCCACCUGAACCUUGAUCGGCGGACCGGCUACCUGAAGGGUUACACGCUGGUGGAGUACGAGACGUACAAAGAAGCCCAGGCAGCAAUGGAGGGGCUGAACGGGCAGGACCUCAUGGGGCAGCCGAUCAGCGUGGACUGGUGCUUCGUCAGGGGCCCCCCCAAGGGCAAGCGGAGGGGUGGCCGUAGAAGGAGCCGGAGUCCGGACCGGAGGAGGCGCUGAAGCAGAGCCUCGUGUCUACCUUUCACAAAGUGGAAAAUUAUCCUCGGUGAAGCUGAAGGUUCCACACGUGUGCUGGCAGACCAUGUCCUGGACGCUCUCCUCUGCCCCCAGCCCCGGUUAAUUUUAUAUCGGUCCCCUAGGGUCAUACCGUUGUUUUUAUCCAUCUCGGGUAUUGAUCUCUCAAACUGUUUUUCUGUCUUAGUAAAGAUCCAUCUGCUUUUCAGUCUGAGAAGGAAUAUCAGGCAAGCAACUUUGAGAAUAAAAAGGAUACGGAUUUUUUUUUAAA